UGCUCCCGCGUUUAGUGAACAUCUUGUUAUGUUUUUGAGAAUGAUGACUACUCUUUGUAUGGAUCAUAAAGUUGCAAGACGGUAUUGUCGGUUGAAAGUUAUUCCUCCACUAACAGCCGAGGACGUUAAGCAUCGUCCUGAUGUGGGUUUAUCAUUCAGAAACAAACUUGUUCGCCUAAUUUCAUCAAUUGGUGCCCUCUCUAAUGCAUCCGCAGAUUUUCUUUUUGUACUUUGCAAACGUUCAGCUGGACGGCUAGUCAAAUACACUGGGUUUGGUCAUGCUGCAGGAUUAUUAGCCGAUCGAGGAAUACUUGGAAGAGCUCUGGCGCCAAAACAUCCAUCAGACAGUGAAGACUCGGAGACUGAAGGAUACAAAGAAGUGGAAAAUGAAGUAAAUCCCGUUACUGGCUACAUCCCUCCAGCUGGUCAAAUGGAAGAAUUUCGUAAGCAAUUUGAAUCUAUGAGCGAAGAACAAAAGGAACACGAGGCCAUGAAACUCGUCAAUGCAAUGGAUAAACUUAUGGAUCAGGGAAUUAUUGCCCCGGGCACAGUUGGUGAAGACGGACGUGUUCGACAAGUGAAGCACGUUGCGGAAUUGAUAAAAGAUGUGGAAAAAGCCGACGAGAAGGAAGAUAGCGACUAACAUUAAUUCUAAUAUUUCAAGCUUAACUCCUGAAGAGCCAAAAAUAUUU